UCAGUGAACAAUAUUAAUCAUGAGGUCGACUCUUUCUCUCCUGGUAGCCUUGUCUCUCGUUGUUGGAGCCCAGCUGAUGCAUCACAACCAGGCAAUGACGGGAGGCAACCACGGGAACAAUUACCAAGGAACCAUGAUGAGGCCCAAUCAUAUGAGCCACCAAAGGACGGUACCGACAGGCACCGGUAACCAUAGUCCCAUCAAUUCCGGCCCGUCUGCUAUGUCUCUGUACCAAAUGGCAAUGGGUUCCGACAGAACUGCAAAUAUGGCACUGUUUAAUAUGAUGAUGAACUCCCCAAAUGCAGACACCUUGGUACCCCUAAUGAUGCUGAGCAACACCAACGGUGGCAGAAGCAACAACAACAACGACCUCCUGCGCACCAUGGCCAUCAUGAACACACUGAACCGAGGUCAGCAGGGAAAUGGUCAAGGUCAAGGCCUCGAUUCCUUGAUGAUGAUGAUGGCGUUAUCUGGAAACCAAGAGGGAAAGUCUAUGUUCCCCAUGUUGUCAGGUACCCCAAAUACAGGGGGUAGUCCUGCUGCAGAAGGGGGUAACUCCCAGGCUAUGGAUAUGUACAUGCUGAGUAGAAUGUUCUAAAGAACUCAUCCACCUCAAAGAGAUGUUUCAGUAUUUCAUCGAAAUAAAAACAUGAUAUUAUCUUAA